GUGAGAAAGCGUCUUCAUUGAUAUGUGUAUUGAGGAAUAUUCGUGCGUGGCGUUUGGUUUCCAUUCUGUCACAGUUACGAUGUUACAGAGCCAAGCCACCAUGAUUUUUGCAGAUUAGAUCCAUCUGACAGCUGUAUUGCCGCUAUCAACCUCGUUGUCUUCCAUUAUGAGAGCAGUGCUGCAGAAAGUGGUUCGCGCCAGUGUCACAGUUGAGAAUGAAGUCGUCAGUUCGAUUCAGAAAGGAUUGUGUGUGCUUGUCGGUGUUGGUACCGAUGAUACGGAGAAAGAUGUCAAUUACAUGGUGAAUAAGAUUCUCAACAUUCGUGUGUUUGAAGAUGAAGCCACUGGCGCCAUGUGGAAAAAGAGCGCCAAGGACCUGGGGCUUGAAAUUCUGUGCGUAUCCCAGUUUACCUUGCAAGCCAAGACCAUCAAAGGGAAUAAGCCUGAUUUCCAUAGAGCUAUGAAAGGUGAGGACGCCAAAAUCUUGUACGAUAAUUUCCUGGACAAAUUGGGCAAGAGCCAUGACCCUGCAUUAAUUAAAGAUGGCAAGUUCGGCGCCAUGAUGCUUGUUGAUAUUGUGAAUGACGGUCCUGUGACUCUCGAGCUAGAUUCUCGAAAAUUCACCUACAAUGAUGAUACCCAGGAAUGAACCAGCUAUAGAAUAGAUGAGGAAUGACAAAUGAUAAUCGCUUUUUGUACAUCUUAUCUGGAUCAUGCACGGUAUUCCGAGUAUCAAUCCAAUAAGCAGCAAUUAAGUUAGCCAUCUGUGUUGUGAUAACGUCUGGUAACUGUCAUGGAACGAAAAAGAAGAGGGAUUCCUCUGAAUAGGAGCAACA